AUGAGCUACGGAUCUGACUUCAAUUCCGCCUCUUCCUACCGAAAGAUUUUCGGGGAGUCUCCCCGUUACUCCAGCUCUCCAUCCCGGAUAAGCAAUGCCUCUUUACGCAGCGGCGGUUACCGGUCCCAGCCUCAGUCCCGGAGCAUGGGCUCUAACCUGGGCUCCUCUUUCCACCAGAAGAGGUCCUCUGGCCGGUCCUACUCGCAGAUGCCCAUGCCGAUGGAGAACUUGGAUUUCGCCCAGAGCACGGUGCUCAACAAUGAGUUCAAAAUCAUCCGCACCAACGAGAAGGAGCAGAUGAUGGGGCUCAAUGACCGCUUUGCCAUGUUCAUCGACAAGGUUCGCAACUUGGAACAGCAGAACAAGGUGCUCGAGACCGAGCUGGUGACCCUGCGUCAGAGGCAGACGGAGCCCUCGCGCCUGGCGGACCUGUACCAGCAGGAGAUCCGCGAGCUGCGCUCCCAGCUCGAUGAGGUGAACGGUGAGAAGUCCCAGAUCCUCAUCGAGCGUGACAACAUCGAAGAGGACCUGCAGAAGCUCCGUGGCAAAUACGAUGACGAGUACCGCCUGCGGGAGGAAGCCGAGCAGAACCUCAAGGCGUUCAAGAAGGACGUGGACGACGCCACCAUGGUGCGUUUAGACCUGGAGAAGAAGGUAGAAUCCCUCCUCGACGAGAUCAACUUCAUGAGGAAGGUGCACGAGGAGGAGGUGGCCGAGCUCAUGAACAUGAUCCAAGCCGCCCAGGUGUCCGUGGAGAUGGAGGUCUCCAAACCUGACCUCACCUCUGCCCUGAAGGAGAUCCGAGGCCAGUAUGAGUCCAUGGCCUCCAAGAACCUCCAGUCCGCCGAGGAGUGGUACAAGUCGAAGUUCGUUGACCUCAAUGAGCAGGCCACCCGUAGCCAGGAGGCGAUGCGCGCCAGCCGGGAGGAACUCAAUGAGUUCAGGAGGCAGCUCCAGUCCAAGACCAUCGAGAUCGAGAGCCUGAGGGGAACCAACGAGUCCCUGGAAAGGCAGCUCAACGAGAUGGAGGAGAGGCACAACCAGGAGAUUGGGCAGUACCAGGACAACAUGGCCGAGCUGGACAAUGACCUGAGGACCACUAAGAGCGAGAUGGCUCGUCACCUGCGGGAGUACCAGGACCUGCUGAAUGUCAAGAUGGCGCUGGAUAUUGAAAUUGCUGCAUACAGGAAACUCCUGGAAGGGGAAGAGACCCGCAUCAGCACAGGCAUCACCUACUCCAGCCCCGGCAUGAACAUGAGGUCCUCCGAGAUGAGGUCCUUCGGCAUGAGGUCCUCCGAGAUGAGGUCCUCCAACAUGAGGUCCUCCGACAUGACCUCCUCCGGCGACGUGGACUUGCCCAGCAUGGGCAGCUACAACCAGACCACCAGGUACACCACCAUCUCUGGAGGCUCCAAGAAGGACGAGGGAAAGGACCAGGAGGAUGGGCAGAGCAAGUCUGGCAAGGGGUCCAACGACGGAGACCAGAAGGAGUCCAGCGACGCCAACUCCACCAACCAGAAAAACUAGACUCUCCCCUUCCCUUAGGUUUAACCUUCCACCUUCCAUCCCCUCCCUCCUACUCCCCAUCCCCCUCCCCCCCUUCACAGGGGUAUUCUCAGAGAGGAAUCCGUUAUAGUUUAGACUCUACUACUACUAAUGUGUAACCUACCACUAUCCAACAACCAAUCACUUUACUUCUCUCCACUCUACUCUCUUACUAUGACAAUAACAAAGUAGUUACAGGCACACUUCUGGCCCUAUCAGGAGACACGUAUGUUAUUGUGGUGAUAGGAACAUACAGUUCAGUACAAUACUCAAACAGUUUAUUCUCACUUUGGGCUCGCGCUAUUGUAUGGCACUAGCCUGGUUUAACCAGACUGAACGCUGCACUCACUAGAAACAACAGUGAAACACAGCUAAAUCAGUUUGGGACGCCAGGCUAGUUUGGCACCGAGCUGUGAUAGAUGUCAUUCAGUUCAAGAAAUAAUCAUGCACUACUGCCACCGCCUAUGAUAAUAUUCUCUAUACACAUUCCAUGGGGGGAGGGGGGGAUGUGUGUGUGAGAGUUUGAAUUUGUGCACGAAAAACAAAAAUCCAAAACAUAUCAGCUUGUUAACUGUUGUUAAUACAUCUACUACAUCCACAUACUACAAUAUGAAUGAAAGCACUUGUAUGGUACGGAGGUGAGAGCUAGAGAUCGAUCACGUUGUUAAAGGAGCACACAGUUAUUCAAACUCAGCAGAAAACAAAAAAGAUCUGUGAUCUUGCUGAGCCAUUUUUGCCUUAUCUACAAUGCAGAUAAUAUUGCGAACUCUGAGUUUCAAUGCAAUGCAGAUAACAUUCUAUUUUUUUUUUCAGACAAAACAUCACGAGUAACAAAAUCAGAGUAUAUCUAAAAGGCUUGUUCGUACCCUGGUCUCGUCACUGUCAAUAGCAUCUGCCUUAUGAUCCCGGGCCACUCAAAUCUGCAUGACAACAUGACAACAGCGCGUUGUUUAAACCGCCACCCCUUCUACACCAGAACCAGAGCUCAACCAACAAUGGUUCCAUCAAAAGCAUAAUUACUCUCCAAGAUUGCUCUUGAUGUCAAUGAAUCAAACUUCUAUAAAGGCCCAGUCUAGUCAGA